UCAUAAAAAUAUUUUUCAAAUUAUUCAUUUUCUUUGAGACAAACAAAAUGGAAAGUAAAGAAAUAUUAAAAUCUACACCAGCAUAAAAUACGAAAAGAAAGAUAACAAUAAAUCAGUUCAAGCACUCUAUAAGAUUAGGGUAGAAAUGAAAUAGAACCCAAAGUACAUGAUAGAAUUGGUAUUAGACUUCAAGUUGGAGGUUUUUUUUUUAUGAGAUAAAAGGUAAAUUGGAACAAAAGGUAAAGCCGGAGGUUUUUCAAAACAUCAAGCCUAAUUUAUAGUUGAAAACAAGUUCCGCUUUUUCGGAAAGUACGAGAAAGACGACAUCGGUGAAGAUCUAAAUGUCAACCUAUCUUUUGACUUAUGGGUUAUCUUAGGACAAGAAAUCUCGGACGCACUUUAAAUGCGUGAAUCUCGUGCUCGUGAAAUAUCGCUAACCAAUCCGCAACCCCAGAUUAUCUGUAUCUAACCCAAAGCAUACGAUCCAUUGAACUGUGCGGGUCCCAAAUGAUCCGGCAGAUAGAAUGUAUUUGGACCCCGUCUCGGCUCCCACUUCUCGGCUUUGGGCCCCACCGUUGGAGGAAGAACGAGGCAAAUUUAAAGGAGGUGGAGUGGCGUUUCUGUGUUUGAAUUUUGAAACGAGUGUAUUUUGCAUAUGGUCUUGCGAUCCUAGAGUGCAGAAGAGACUUAGCAUAUAAAGUGCACUGCCAAAUUGUCAGUUGGAGAGUUUCCUAGUUUUAGGGUGAAAUGGCUUCAAGAAUUGAAGCUGAUGCAGCCAGAGUUCAGGAAGGACUGCAUUCGAAUGUGACACCGAAAGAUUGUCAGGUCAACGGACAAAGGGCCUUGCACAUUUCAAUUUCCAGAAAGGGACUACUGAGUGAUAAAAUUCCUAAAAGACGAGGCUUCUUUCCCUUUCCCACCCCCAGCACAUUCAGCCUUCUCGAGUUUGGUUCAGCAACCAAUUUAGCGUCCCCAUCGACAAAAUUCAGGAAAGUAUCCGAUGAAAGAGAUGAAGAAUCAUGUUCUGCCCCUUCUUCGACCAGCCAAGGUCUCCGGCAGCGUCUCGGUUUGGUCAUUUCUAAUAAGUUGGAUUGGAGAUCUCUUGGGAAAAUGUGCAUAGAAUACGCAAAUGACCCUUUCAACGCUGUCCUCCUUUUAUGGAUAAGUUGUGUUGCUAUAUCGGGAGCCAUUCUUUUUCUAGUCAUGACAGGGAUGUUAAACAGCUUGUUGCCGAAAAAAUCACAGAGAAAUGCAUGGUUUGAGGUUAACAAUCAAAUCCUCAAUGCUUUGUUUACACUCAUGAGCCUGUACCAGCAUCCUAAACGGUUCCACCACCUUGUUCUCUUGUGUAGGUGGAGACUAAAGGAUGUGUCUGCACUUAGGAAAGUCUAUUGUAAGAGUGGCACCGUUAAACCCCGAGAGCGGAUCCAUAUGAUGGUGGUGGUUAUGUUGCUUCACGUGAACUGUUUUGCUCAGUAUGCCCUGUGUGGCCUCAACUUGGGUUACGAAAGAUCCGAGCGUCCUGCAAUUGGAGUGGGUGUGUGCCUCUCUGUCGCAAUUGCUUCUCCUGCAAUUGCUGGGUUGUAUGCCAUCCUUAGCCCUUUAGGAAAAGAGUACGUUUUAGAAGUUGAUGAGGAAGCACAAGAUGGAGAUUUGACUUCCAGUUCUGCUCAGCCGGGCGACCUUAGAAGGAAGUCAAUAGAGAAGAGAUUGUCAUUUGCUUCCAAGAAUGAGCAUGGGAUCAUUGAGUAUACGCCUGAAUGGAGAGGGGGGUUAUUUGAUCUGUGUGACAAUUCAGCAGUUGCGUAUCUCUCUCUCUUUUGUAGCUUUUGCAUCUUCGGUUGGAAUAUGGAAAGGCUCGGGUUUGGGAACAUGUAUGUCCACAUUGCCACUUUCCUCCUUUUCUGCAUUGCUCCUUUCUGGAUCUUUGGCCUUGCUGCCAUUAAUAUUGAUGAUGAGAUAGUGAGGGAGGCCUUGGGAUUUACUGGCAUUGUCCUCUGUGUUUUUGGUCUGCUCUAUGGUGGUUUCUGGAGGAUUCAGAUGAGGAAGAGGUUUAAUUUGCCAGCAGAUCAGUUUUGCUGUGGGAAACCGGCAAUUGCGGAUUGUGUGAGAUGGCUUCUCUGUUGCUGGUGCUCUCUUGCUCAGGAAGUGAGGACUGCCGAUUUCUACGAUAUUGUUGAAGACAAGUUUUGCAGGAAACAAACGCGAGAUUGUAGACAAGCCACAGUUUCUCAUCUACCUUGUGAAGAUGUAGCUGCUCAGAAGGAAUCCAGCUCAUGUUCUCCAAACCAGAACAGCUAUGGAGGCUUGCUUGGUGUUGGAAACUUGCAGAGUCCAGUUAGAAUUUCAAAUGACAGGUUUAAUUCGGAAAUGCAGCUUGCCAAGCUAGUGGAAGAAAGCAAGCUAAUGAAGCCGCCUUCAACUUCAUUAAUGGAAAGGGAAGGCAUGUAGUAAAGAUUAGACAUACAGGCGUGCAGUGAAGAACCCGGCAAUGCUUAAAGUCUACUCUCUAGAUAUUUCCCUUCUAAUCCGUGCGUCUUUCGCAUCCUUCAUUUUUUUCAAGAGUGAUUUUGUAUCCAUUACCUUUCCAACGCUGCGAAUGGAUGUCAACACACAAUGCUUCAAUGUCUGUAUUACACCUUUUGAACUAUGAACCGCCCUCAUUAGACCGUGAUAAUACUUGAAGCAGGAACUUCACCGGAUGGUUCGUGAUCAAUUUGUCCUGAUUUAUCUGUCCCGUUUUCCCUGCUUCUGCUUUGGCUAGUCCUUUUGGUUCAUCUGAUCAUUUACUGCUCAACUAUAAUAAAAUUAAAAUUUCUUGGAGA